AUGUCACUCAAUUCUACAUUAACCAGUGUGAAGGACUGGAUCAGUUGGUCGAAGAGCUCACGUCCAACCUAUGACCAUUUGGAUCCAGAAGAGUCUGAUGAAGGGAAUUUGAUCAGCGAAGGGAAAUCAAGCCUUGUCAAUCAUUCGCUCGAAGAGGCCUCCUACACCCGCAAAUAUGGCUUGAUUUUCUUGUCAGUGACCUCCAUUAUAAUUGCAUUGGCCGUCGCUUUUGCUCUUGGUCAACAUAGUGCCCGGAAUGACUUCCAGUCUUAUCUCCCCAAGUCCGAUGCGAUUUGGGGCAACGUACCUCUCAAGAAGGUCCGCUUUGUUGAUGACGACCGUUUCAAGAUGACAGACCCUACAACGGGCCGCUUCUUCGCCAAUAAAAACGGAACUUGGACGAUAUGGGAUGAAAUUCACCGGGGCUCCUGGGUCCAGUUGCUACCGUCCGAACAACUCGGAAUAACAGGAGGGCUUCCAUUGAACCUGUACUCCGCCAACGGGUCAUGGCCAAACGGCAAAGAAGGCUAUGUACCAGCUGUUCUUCACCAGAUUCACUGUUUAGGUGUGAUGAACCACUUUAAGAUCGAGUGGACAAACGGAUCAAUACCGUCAGAAGAUGAGCUGGAACAUAUGGAACAUUGCAUUGAAUACAUUCGUCAUGCGGUGAUGUGCUAUGGCGACACAACGCUCGAAAAGCCCGUGGAUCAUUCUAACUUCGUGCGUGUGGAUUACCAAGGAGUAGAGCAUGUUUGCCGGGACUGGUCUGUUCUGGCGGACAGGUUUUGGGAAUCAUCCAUUGAUUUCAUUUGGGGGACCGAGCGACCUAUGACUGUGUUUGAGAACACCGAUGCAGCCAGAGGGAAUCCCGAUGGUCCAAUUCCUACCGCCAUAGGUGAAGUCUCUCAGAAUUGA